GAAGCGAAUAAAGUAUACUGGAUUAAGAAAACUAUUAGUUUUUUUAUUAGCUAUCUCAUAAUUUGUCGAAUUUGUGGAACAGCAACCACUGACAACUGUUCUAUGGUCUGAAACUUUUUGCGUGUAUGAUUUUAAAUAAAUCUUGCGACGCACGAGAUGGAAUCGGAAAAGCUUUUCAACGGCGUGGAAAUCUCCAAGCUGAGCAAGAAACAACUGAAAAAAUACCACAAAUCCCUGAAAUGGGACGAGAUCAAGCGAAAAAAGCGCGCCUUAGAAAAGCAGCGGUCCAAGGAAAAACGGAGCUUUGCCAAACUGCACAACAUCGACAUAGGUCCCAGUAGAAAAGAACUGAAACGCAAGAAAAUGGUAAAGAGCUCUUGCGAUAUUGCCGUGUGCAUCGACCUAAGUUUUGAUCAUUUAAUGAUUGACAAGGACAUGGCCAAGGCUAUAAAACAAGUGCUCAGAGUGUAUACGGUGAAUAGGAGAGCUCGCCAGCCGAUGCAGCUCCACCUCACCAGCUUUGGCGGACGCAGUAAAGAGGAAAUGACCCGGCACCACGGUUAUGAGAAUUGGGACAUUAACUUUCACGAACGCGAUUAUCUCGACGUUUUUCCGAAAGACAAGCUCGUCUAUUUGAGCAGUGAAAGUGAGAACGUGAUAAACCAGCUGGAACCCGGCAAGGUGUACAUUAUUGGUGGUUUGGUUGACCACAACUCGCAUAAAGGCUUGUGCCACCGCAAAGCCGUAGAACAAGGCAUAGCCCACGGACAGUUACCCAUCGGCGAUUACUUUCGCUUACAACACAGGAAGGUCAUAACCAUCAACCAAGUAUUCGAGAUCCUAGUGCAGGUUAGUGAAGGAAAAUCGUUUAAAGAGGCAUUGGAAAUUGUUUUGCCCAAACGUUUCGGAAAAAUUCAGUUACCACACACGGAGCCUGAUAAAGACUAAUUUGUAGCGAGUCCGUGAAUAUGAUGUAAAUAAAUUACGCGAAAUAAAAACAGU